CUUACCCUCUCACUCGUUUUUUAUAAGAAAAAAAUUUCGUUUAAAUGUGUAAGUUGUCUAUAUUUUAAUAAAAAAAAUCGCAUAGAUUAAGAAUCAAAAUGCUGGUGAGGAGCAGCCCAAUUCCGCUAACUGCAGCCCUAAAAAAUAGUGGAACUCAGAACAAAUUUCAACAUCUCCUGCAAAAAUAUGGAUUUGCAACUUCAGUCAAAACACCAGAGUCAACUCAGACAGACAAGCCAUCGAUCACUUCUUUUCCACCAUUAUCAGAACCAUUACCUGGGUUACCUACUCCAAUAUAUUCAAGUGCCAAAGAGGAUAAACAAGUAACAGAAAUUACAACAUUACCAAGUGGUUUAAGAGUUGCAUCUGAAAAUCGUUUUGGACAGUUUUGCACUGUAGGAGUUUUGAUUGAUUCUGGCUCUCGUUAUGAGGUCGCAUAUCCAAGUGGAAUAUCUCACUUUCUUGAAAAGCUAGCUUUUAACUCUUCCACGUCGUUUAAAAAUAGAGAUGACAUUAUGAACGAAAUGGAAAAACAUGGGGGUAUAUGUGACUGCCAAGCUUCCAGAGAUACCUUUAUAUAUGCUUCAUCAGUAGAAAGAAAUGGAUUGGAUAAAGUUGCUGAAAUUUUGGGAGACGUUAUUUUAAGGCCCCAAAUAACGGAAGAAGAGGUAAAUAUUGCAAGGCAAGUCAUUCAAUUUGAACUGGAAACCCUUGCUACAAGACCAGAGCAAGACGUUAUACUCACGGAUAUGAUUCAUGCGGCAGCAUACAGAGAUAAUACUAUAGGUUUACCGAAAAUAUGUCCAGAGGGGAAUGUUGAUAAAAUAGACAGGAAAAUUCUGUUUACUUAUUUAAAACACCAUUAUACACCCCAAAGAAUGGUUGUCGCUGGUGUUGGUGUAGAUCACAAAAAAUUGGUGGAAUCGGUUGAAAAGCACUUUGUUAACAAGAAACCAUUAUGGGAAGAAGAUCCUAGUCUCAUCAUAUCUGAUCGAUCGAAAAACUUUGUUGAUGAAUCAAUUGCACAAUAUACUGGCGGUUACAUUGUGGAGGAAUGUAAUGUACCGGUUUAUGCUGGACCAAGUGGUUUACCUGAAUUAUCCCACAUCGUCAUAGGGCUUGAGGGUUGUUCGCAUCAGGAUCCUGACUUUGUUCCUGUAUGUGUUCUUAAUAUGAUGAUGGGUGGAGGUGGCAGUUUUAGCGCCGGUGGACCCGGUAAAGGCAUGUACACGCGGUUGUACACAAAUGUUUUGAACAGAUACCACUGGUUGUACAGUGCUACAGCAUAUAAUCACUCGUACACUGAUACCGGUCUCUUCUGUAUUCAUGCGUCGUCUACUCCAUCGCACGUCAAAGAAAUGGCUGAAGUUAUUGUCCAUGAAUUGGUUGCAAUGACCGGAGCCUUAUCUGAUAGUGAACUAGCUAGAGCUAAAAAACAGCUACAAUCAAUGUUGUUGAUGAAUUUAGAGCAAAGACCGGUUGUAUUCGAAGACAUAGGGAGACAAGUGUUAGCAACUGGCGUUAGGAAACGUCCGGAAUAUUUUAUUCAAGCAAUUGAAAAUACAACAAAGGACGAUAUCGUCAGAGUGGCACGUCGCCUACUUAAGUCACCACCAAGUGUUGCAGCUCGCGGUGAAGUCAGACACGUGCCUUCCAUCACGGACAUCCAGGCUGGUCUUUUAGAUGCACAUGGACACGUUCCCGGCUCACGAAGCCGGCUGUCGCUUUUUCGUUAAUAAAUCGAGAAGAAGCGCGUCCAUGUUAUUAAAAUAUUUUUCCCAAAGUAUUUCAUUGUUGACUAAGUCGUAAAAGUAAUCGGGACUUACAAAUUACUAAAAAAAAAAAGAAAAAAAAGAAAAUAAAAGAAUAAUAUAACGCCUUUGAUUUUUUGGUAUUCCGUAAGUGUAGUUAUUUUGUUUCAAUUAUUUUUUCUGUUAUUGUCUCUUGUUAAUUGACUGAAAAAAGGAUACGUGUGAAUCAAGUAUUUGUUUGAGCGAGACUUUUUUAUUAUUAUUGCCGAAUUGUGUAAAACAUGUUUUGUAGAAUACAAAGAAAUUUACGCUUAA